CGGUAUUCGUGCAUUUACGCGUGCCCGUCUGGAGUUGCAAAAACGUGACUUUUUGUGUAAUCAGAUCCUGAUCAGUUUUUGGAGGAGAGGAACGAUCCGCUAGAUUUCGUGUCCCCGCCGGAAGUGAAGUGAUUGUAAUCCAGAAUGUUCCGCUUGCCGACAGUGUUACGUUGCACCGCCGCCCGCCAGGUUGUCGCCGGAUACCGCGGAUACGCCAAAGAUGUCCGCUUUGGACCGGAGGUGCGCGCCCUGAUGCUGCAGGGCGUUGAUGUCCUGGCCGAUGCCGUCGCCGUCACAAUGGGACCCAAGGGUCGCAACGUCAUCUUGGAACAGAGCUGGGGCUCUCCCAAGAUCACCAAGGACGGUGUCACCGUGGCCAAGGGUAUCGAGCUGAAGUGCAAGUUCCAGAACAUCGGCGCUAAGCUGGUGCAGGAUGUGGCCAACAAUACCAAUGAGGAAGCUGGAGAUGGUACCACCACGGCCACUGUUCUGGCUCGGGCCAUCGCCAAGGAGGGAUUCGAGAAGAUCUCCAAGGGUGCCAACCCGGUGGAAAUCCGUCGCGGUGUGAUGCUGGCCGUCGACGCCGUCAAGGACCACCUGAAGAGCAUGUCCCGUGCCGUUACCUCGCCGGAGGAGAUUGCCCAGGUCGCUACCAUCUCGGCCAACGGAGACCGUGCUAUUGGAGAUCUGAUCAGUGAGGCGAUGAAGCGCGUCGGUAAGGACGGUGUCAUCACUGUCAAGGACGGCAAGACCCUGCACGAUGAGCUGGAAAUCAUCGAGGGCAUGAAGUUCGAUCGCGGAUACAUUUCGCCGUACUUCAUCAACUCCAGCAAGGGAGCCAAGGUUGAGUUCCAGGAUGCUCUGGUGCUGUUCUCGGAAAAGAAGAUCUCCACCGUCCAGUCGAUCAUUCCGGCCCUGGAACUGGCCAACUCCGCCCGCAAACCCUUGGUCAUCAUCGCUGAGGAUGUCGAUGGAGAAGCUCUGAGCACGCUGGUCGUGAACAGACUGAAGAUUGGUCUGCAGGUUGCGGCCGUCAAAGCUCCAGGAUUCGGAGAUAACCGCAAGAGCACCCUGUCCGAUAUGGCCAUCAGCACCGGAGGAAUCGUCAUCGGCGACGAUGCCAACCUGGUCAAAUUGGAAGAUGUACAGAUGUCUGAUUUGGGACAGGUCGGUGAAAUCACCAUUACCAAGGAUGAUUGCAUGAUGCUGAAGGGUAAGGGGGAUGCCAAGCACGUCGAGGGUCGUGUCGACCAGAUCCGGGACCAGAUCGCCGAAACAACUUCUGAAUAUGAGAAGGAAAAGCUGCAGGAACGCCUCGCUCGUCUGUCGUCCGGAGUUGCCGUCCUGAAGAUCGGCGGUUCCAGCGAAGUCGAGGUGAACGAGAAGAAGGAUCGCGUCAACGAUGCUCUGUGCGCUACUCGGGCUGCCGUUGAGGAAGGUAUUGUCCCCGGAGGUGGCACUGCCCUGCUCCGUUGUAUCAAGACUUUGGAGAACCUGAAGGGAUCAAACGACGAUCAGAAGGCCGGCAUUGACAUUGUCCGAAGGGCUCUCCACCAGCCUUGCACUCAGAUCGCCAAGAAUGCCGGUGUCGACGGAUCGGUUGUCGUUGCCAAGAUCCUGGACCAGCAGGGUGACUACGGAUACGAUGCCCUCAACGGUGAGUACGUCAACAUGAUCGAAAAGGGAAUCAUCGACCCGACCAAGGUCGUCCGAACGGCUCUGACCGAUGCCUCCGGAGUUGCCUCGUUGUUGUCCACUGCCGAAUGCGUCGUGACGGAAGAACCCAAACCAGAAGGUGCCGGUGGUGGCAUGCCAGGCAUGGGCGGUAUGGGAGGAAUGGGUGGAAUGGGAGGCAUGGGAGGAAUGAUGUAAAUUCACCUCUCUGAAUCAACCUCUCGUUAUAAGCGUAAGCCAGUGUUAAGACUUGUUUAGCCAUUAAGGAACACAUAAUAACAACGCGAUGAAGCUAUCCGGGAGGAUGUUCCGGUUCCAAAAACCUAGCAAGUUCCAAUCGACGGAGCAUCCUUUCGGCUACCUUCGUCCUUCGCAUCAAGCGCGAAAAAAUCAAGCAUUUAAGGUCGAUGUUCAAUCUCCGCUCGUGUUGCAUUUUCAUACAAAGCACGAGAAGAGAUCCUUACAAUAUUAGUCGUUAAGAGAGCGCAAAUCUUUCCUCUGCGAAAUAAUAAUAAAUGUUAUCGGUAACCGCUAGAGCAAGCUGUAGCGCGAUUGUGAUUAUACUGCCUAUGAUAACCGUAAUAAAAGUACCGUAGGAAAACAAUACUCCAAAUGGUCGAGCUACAUUAAGUUUUACAAUACAGGUCAUGGUGAUUGUGGUUUAUAUGGUUGAGACUUUUCAUGCAACUCAUUCUACUGUUGUAUGGUGUCAACUGUAGUUUUCGAAGUUAACUAUUUCACCAUUCCGUUUAUUGUAUUUCUAUGGUUUCAUAAUUACGGAAACAGUUCAAGCGGUUUAUCCAAAAGAGGUUGUUUUAAAUUAAAACAAUCGCUUCGACACCCCGAAGAAGAAUCAUCACACGGAACGAUUACCACAUUUGUGUAGUGUUUCAUUCCUCGCCCAGGGACCCCCAGCAGUUGUUCGUUCGCAGAAAUAAGUUUUAGGUACCUAUCAGGUUCUCUCUUCUGUCGUUGGAAAGCAAUUCUCAAACGUUUCAAUUCUUUGAAUCAUGAUUGCUAACAAUUUCCGGUCAGUUUAGAACAAGCUAAUGUAGAUUACAACAGAGAAGGAAGCGAAACCCCCAAGUUUAGGCAACAAGCAUAGUCAAAGAGUAGCUGUAUAGAUUUUUUUUUUCUAAUUUGUGGAAAGGAUUAUCUCUAUAUUAUCGUAUUUUUUGUUGGUUAUAGUGAUGAAACCGAAUAGUGAUUUUGAGCGUAGUAGAAUGGAUCUUUUGUUUGUGUUGAGGAAAAUAAACAGAAUCGUACUUUUAGGCUAUAAGAGACAUUUUGUUGUCGGCAGGAACAUCCAGUGAAAGUAACAAGAUAAUUCCAAUCAUCACUGCUAAUAGGUACUGGUGUGCGAUAUCGCGUUACCAGUCAAGACACAGACAACAAAACACUAGACAACAAACUUAGGUAAACCAAGAGAUCAAAUGAGAUCACCAAGAGAAUAUAUACAAUUUUUUAUACAACGGA